GAGAGCGGUCGAGUUUAUUUAUUUCCGGUAGUCAAAUCUCACAGAAAACCGCGUGAUUUUCAAGUCUCGCUCCUCUUUCAACCAGCCUCCAAAGAUGCCUACUAAGAAGACCAAGACCAGGAAGCUCCGAGGUCAUGUCAGCCAUGGACAUGGUCGUGUUGGCAAGCACAGGAAGCAUCCGGGAGGUCGUGGUAAUGCUGGUGGUAUGCAUCACCACAGAAUCAACUUUGAUAAAUACCAUCCCGGGUACUUCGGUAAGGUGGGUAUGAGACAUUACCAUCUGAAGAGAAACACCACCUACUGUCCCACCAUUAACCUGGACAAGCUGUGGACACUGGUGAGCGAGCAGACCAGGUUAAACUACAGCAAGAAGCCUGAUGGACCCACCCCCGUCAUCGAUGCUGUGCGCGCUGGCUACUACAAAGUUCUGGGCAAAGGCAAGCUGCCCAAGCAGCCUAUGAUCGUCAAGGCCAAGUUCUUCAGUCGACGGGCUGAGGAAAAGAUCAAGUCAGUGGGCGGAGCCUGCGUACUGAUGGCGUAAUGCCUUUAGUGUGCUUUUGCAAGAAUAAAUUGUAUAAAAGGAAA